AUGCAUUGGAGCGAGAAAUGGCGCUUGUUAGAUCGACAUUUUCACCCGAUGUAUGACAUCGCACUGGUGGAGCUUCUCGCACCCACACCAGCGACGAUCCCUGUCUUCUCGUCUAACAUGACCAUUGCUGACAUCCCGCCAGAUGUGCCGCUGUACGCGCUGCUAGCGUCGAUCGGUUCAGAGUACACCCAUCUUCGCCUCAUGAACAGAACCGAAGUUCAACUAGCCACCGAAGGGGGCAAUUCCAGGCGAAUGGGGCAGUGCAGCAACACCAAGUGCGUCCAGCAGCAGGCCCCGGGAGCUCCACUGAUGUUGCUGGACUACCCCCCCCGCCAGAAGGACCCCAUCGAUGACGGCUCGCAUGAGCACGACCUGGUGGUCGCGAUGGCCACGACGGACGCAUGCGGCUGUACGAGCUACGUGUUGAUGCGCGAUGUGAUGGGAUGGGUCAGGGAGACGAUUGCGGGUCACGAAAAACCCCUGAUGCAGGCCCUCGAAUGGCUCUGCGUAAUUGCAGCGAUCUUCGCUGUGGGGCCCAAAAUUCUUAAUUGGCUAUGGAGGCCCCCUUUGCGCGAGACUGACGCCACGAUGAUCACCGAAAGCGACGACCCUGGCCUCAUGAGGCCUGAUGCUUCCGACUCGCUCGACUCCCCAUACACGACCCCCCAAGGUAGUGGUGAUGACGAUGAAGACGGCUAUGGCUAUUGCCACAAAGGAUGA